ACGCGUCCAAUCAGAGUAGCGCGUCGAUGAGCGGCAGAGCAGCAGCGGAGAAGAGCAGCACGGUGAGAUUUAACGGAAAUUCUGAUUAUUUCAUCUCUCAGGGUCCAGAGGACAGCGUCUCGGCUGUGAAGUUCAGCCCGAGCUCGGCUCAGUUCCUGCUGGUGUCGUCGUGGGACUGUACGGUCCGUCUGUUCGACGUCAGCGCUAACAGCAUGAGGAUGAAGUACCAGCAUCUGGCGCCGGUUCUGGACUGUGCUUUCUAUGAUCCGACUCACGCGUGGAGCGGCGGUCUGGACAGCCAGCUGAAGACGCACGAUCUCAACACGGAUCAGGACACAAUCGUGGGGACGCACGACGCUCCCAUCCGCUGUGUGGAAUACUGUCCGGAGGUCAAUGUGAUGGUGACGGGCAGCUGGGACAUGUCUGUGAGGCUCUGGGACCCCAGAACACCCUGCAACGCCGGGACCUUCACACAGCCCGAGAAGGUCUACACGCUGUCUGUGGCUGGGGACCGGCUGAUCGUGGGGACGGCGGGGCGGCGUGUGCUGGUCUGGGACCUGAGGAACAUGGGAUACGUGCAGCAGAGGCGAGAGUCCAGCCUCAAAUACCAGACGCGCUGCAUACGAGCUUUCACCAACAAACAGGGUUAUGUGUUGAGCUCCAUCGAGGGCAGAGUCGCUGUGGAGUAUCUGGACCCCAGUCUGGAGGUGCAGAAGAAGAAAUACGCCUUCAAGUGCCACAGACUGAAGGAGAACGGCAUCGAGCAGGUCUUUCCGGUCAACGCCAUCUCCUUCCACAGCGUCCACAACACGUUUGCCACCGGCGGUUCUGACGGCUUCGUGAACAUUUGGGAUCCGUUCAACAAGAAGCGUCUGUGUCAGUUCCACCGUUACCCCACGAGCGUGGCGUCUCUGGCGUUCAGUACAGACGGCUCUCUGCUGGCCAUCGCCUGCUCGUACAUGCAGGAGCAGGGAGACGUCUCUCACCCCGCCGACGCCGUCUUCAUCCGCCAGGUGACCGACGCCGAGACCAAGCCCAAGUGA